CCAACUGUCACUCUCUGAAGCUCCAACAAUGGCGGCGAAGAAGAAGAAGAAGAAGAAGAAGAAGGAACAGAGGUCGAUCUUUCUCCAAUGCCUUCUCAUUCUCCUCCUCCUCCUCCUACAUUGCUCUCAUUCCAAUGGCGCUCCCUCCCUCUCCUCCGACCUCGCCGCCCUCCUCACCUUCAAAUCCCUCUCCGAUUCCUCAAACCACCUCCUCACCUGGAACUCCUCCUCCCCCUUCCCCUGCUCCUCCUGGAUCGGCAUCUCAUGCUCCCAAUCCCGCAUCACUGGCCUCGUUCUCGAAUCCCUCGCCCUCUCCGGCGCCGCCAUUGCCCCUCUCUCCAACCUCACCGAGCUCCGCGUACUCAACCUCAAAUCCAACCAUCUCUCCGGCCCAAUCCCCGAUCUCUCCUCCCUCUCCGCCCUCAAACUCCUCUUCCUCUCCAACAACUCCCUCUCCGGCCUCAUCCCCUCCUCCCUCUCCUCCCUCUCCCGUCUCUACCGCCUCGAUCUCUCCUUCAACCUCCUCUCCGGCCAGAUCCCUCUCUCCUUGAACCAUUUACCCCAUCUCCUCACCCUCCAUCUCAACUCCAACAACCUCUCCGGCCCGAUCCCCGUCCUCUCCCUCCCCAAUCUACAAGACCUAAACCUCUCCUCAAAUUCCCUCACCGGCCCCAUCCCACCCUCACUCUCCUCCUUCCCACCGGCGUCAUUCGCCGGAAAUCCCACCGGAUCCCCCACCACCACCACCACCACCGUCUCCUCAUCCCCAGGAUCUAAACCAGAUCAGGGCAUCCACCACUCUGGAAUGAGCCACGCCGCCCUAAUCGCUAUCAUCGCCGGCGACCUCGCAGCUCUCCUCAUCGCCUUCACGAUCCUCUUCCUCUACUUCUGGCGCAAGAUCGGAUCCAAACCUCCAUCUCAUCACCUCCACGAAGGCGAGAAGAUCGUCUUCUCCUCCAGCCCUUACGCCGGCAUCGAGAGAGGCCACAUGGUGUUCUUCGAUGAAACCCCGGCGCGCUUCGAGCUCGAAGACCUCCUCCGAGCUUCCGCCGAGAUGCUCGGCAAGGGCGGUUACGGGACCGCUUAUAAAGCCGUGCUCCAAGAUAAGAACAUCGUUGCUGUGAAACGUCUUCGGGAAACGGGCUCAGGCUUAGGGAAACGCGAAUUCGAGCAACGAAUGGAGAUUCUCGGCCGGAUCCAGCACCCGAAUCUCGUUUCCCUCAAAGCUUAUUACUAUGCUCCUGAUGAGAAGCUUCUCGUGUACGAGUUCAUGCCUGGCGGUAGCGUUUUCGCUCUAAUCCACGGGAACAGGGGGCCGGGGAGGACACCGGUGGGGUGGGAGGUGAGGCUUCGGGUGGCGCUAGCGGCGGCGCGUGCGCUGGCGCACAUCCACACAGCGAGCCGCUCGCCGAGGCUAGCUCACGGCAACGUCAAGACCACCAACAUCCUCCUCGACAAGGCCGGCACGGCGCGCCUCUCCGACUUCGGUCUAUCUACGCUCGGCCCAUCGUCAACCGCGCGGUGCUGUGGCUACCGCGCGCCGGAGGCGCCAUCCGCCGAGCGGCCGUGGGCGUCACAGCGCGCAGACGUGUACGCGUUCGGCGUCGUGUUGCUGGAGUUGCUGACGGGGCGCGCGGCGUCGGAGAUGGUGGACUUGCCGCGGUGGGUUCAGUCGGUGGUGCGGGAGGAGUGGACGGCGGAGGUGUUUGAUCUGGAGCUCUUGCGGUGCAAGGGAAUAGAGGAGCAGAUGGUGGCGAUGCUCCAGCUGGCGCUUGGAUGCACGGCCAUUGUGCCAGAUCAACGGCCUAAGAUUAGACACGUAGUUAGAAUGAUUGAGGAUAUUAGUUCCGGCGGAAUAGGGGAUGCUUCUGUGUCGCCGUCUCUUGACUCGUUUGACUCGGUGUCUGACUCGCCGUCUGUUUCUGAAGAAAGUGGACGGGCUCGUGACGUAACUCUUUCUAGUUGUUGAU